AGCUCUUCAACAAAGUUUAAGUGGACGAAAGCGUCGAUGUAAAAUACGGCAAUCAUAACACUGUAGUUGGGAAAUGAAUUAUAAUUUUCCUUUUCGGUUCAUGUUUUUCUGAUAUAAUUGACUAACAUGGAUUCUCAGAUACCAGAUGUUUCAGAAAUAAAGACAGGCACAGAACGCAUCCAUGCGAUUUUAUUACAAAACGCCAAUUUACAAGCGGGGUGCAUCUGCAGAGAUAAAAUAGCUGACAUCAAGAAAGAACUGGAUGCUCUCAAAGAAAAAUUGUCAAGUAGCGAAGAGGAAUGCAAAACAGUAAGAAUGAAACGUGACGAAGUAAAGGGUGCAAGAGCUAGAGAAAUUCAUGAACUCUCAACAAAACUUGAACGUAUUCAGAGAACCAUGGAACGCAACCGACCAUUGGGUAAAUGGGCAGGCAGCGAGUAUGUAGAAACCAUGCAUUCAGCAGAAAGUGAUACAUCGGUGUCAGAUUUCGGAUCAGUUACACCAUUACAGAAACCGGAUACACAUUCAAACCGGGUCUGCGUUAAAAGGCAGUCUGAAAGACAGAAUUCGAUGGAUGUAGACAAAUGGCAACUCCUGGGAAGCCAAGAAGUAGAGAGGGUUUCCUUGCUGUCUCAAACGCCUCGCGGCUAUCACACUGUUUUGCUGCUGGACAUAUCAGAAAGCAUGGCGGUAGGAGAUUCUUGGAGAAAAGUUAAAACAUUCGUAAACGAUUUCAUUUCCGGGUUAGAUGAACACUCUGUACUGCAUCAACCAUCACGACAUGUUGAUGAGCAUAUCAGCCUCGUUACGUUUGGCCAUAAAACACACGUGGAGAUACCGAUGUCAAAAGAUUUCAAACAGAUCAGAAAUAAGAUAGAUGAUAUUGAGUUAGGCGGCCCAAGUCCUCUUGUCGGAGGUCUGCUCGUUGCACGUGCAGUUUUAAUGUCGGUUCAGAAUCCUCCUGCUUGUAUAAACAAUGGUUGUUCGCAUCAUAAGGUAAUUCUUUUAACGGAUGGACAGCCAACAGAAAUGACGUUAUACAGCGGACCAGAUGUUGUUGACCAAACCAAAGUUGACGAGGAUAUGAUGAACAUAGUGUGGAUAUUAGACAUAUUAAACGAAGGCGCGAUGUCGGUAUUCUUUGUAGAGGUCCCCAAUUGCACCACAUCAUUUUUUUCAUGUAUCCGAUCGGUUGAGCCACACAGAAAUAUAUUCGACUGCAGUGAUGGACGCAGAUUGGCUAGACGCAAUAACCUUUGCGCAGAUAAAACAACAAAUAACCAUUUUGCUGUUUCAAACACCGCAAGCCAACGUCGUACACUUGGUAUGUAUCGCGAGAGCAACUGCCAAACGCUGCCCAUCAUUGGUUCCCGCGUACGUAGAGGACCCGACUGGAAGUGGGAUAACCAGGACAGUAAUGGUGUGGGGACAGUGGUUGGACAUUGGGACAAUGAAACAUGUGUGACUGUGGAAUGGGACGCAAAACUUCCGGGGGGUAACCUAGGGUACCGAUACGGCAAUGGACUCUUCGAUCUUCUCAUUGUCGACGAGGUUCGACGCCUCCAGCCCGGGGAGUUAAUGGCAGUCGGCUGUCAAGUGAAAACCGGUCGACAUGGUAAAUUUAGGAAUGUCCAUGCGUGGAACAAAGGUGUUGUCGUUGAAAUGAAACCACCUAAAGCACGAGUACGUUGGGACAGUGGAAUAAGAGGAGAUUAUAGUUAUGGCGAGGACGACAAAUUUGAAAUAGAAAUUUGGGAAAGUGCCACAUCAGCAACAACUAAGACAGAAUCUGACGAAGCUGCAUCUGGGUCGAAAAGUAAAACCAAAAUCAAGCUUUCAAAGUAGUAUCGCGUUCUGCGUUGAUCCUUCGGUCCAAUUCUGACCUUAAACAAAUAUCGGUCUAUUCCACUGAUGCGAAACGUGAACUUAGCCUAGUGUAUGCUUCGCAAAGGUGCACAAGUUGUAGAGUCUUUUACAUGAGCACAUAUCUCGACGUUUUUUAAUUUUAUUACACUGAUUCGUGACCAUAAUGAUUCAUAAAUACGCCUUGUGAAAUACUUUGAAAUAAUGUGAAAUAAUAUGAACAUUACCAUGAAUAUUUAACAAAUAGUCCCAACAAAAGUGUAAAAAACAACAAAUGUUGUUAAACUUCCAAAUAAACAUCAAUAAAUAGUUUUGUAUCUCAUAGACAGGUUCAGCAUAGUAAUAGCGAAAUCAAAAAAAUAAAGUUGUAGAUGUCUUUGUCAAUAUUUAAAUAGACAUGAUUCCCAUCAACCCCACGCAAAACUUGAAAUAUCCUUCUAAUUAACAUCUAUGUGAAUAAACCAUGUAAUAAAAGUAAAAGUAACAUAUUGUAGUGUCGGUUAACACACAUAGAGUAAAACAUUAUUCAGUUGCAAUUUGAAUUCGUUUAUUCUUAAUGGUAAACACAUUCGGACAUAAUACUACUACACGUGUUCAUGACAAGUCGCAUAUCAUUUGGUUGUGACGUACGGAAAUGCAACGGAUCAAAGUCUGAAAAAGAAACAAACAGCUUGAUGUGGCCAGUUGUUGCGUAAAUAACAUUGGACAGAUCGCUCGGUAUUGGGAAACAUAUAUAUACAAACUGUGUAAAUAUCGUAGAGUUAUGAGCAUUAUACUGUUCACUCCCUCUCAAUGCCAUGUGAAUUUGAACCACAUCAAUACCAUGACGCUUUUCAAUAAACGUUUAUCAAAGGACUUAUAUUCCUUUAAUGUGUAGUUGAACGGGCCUUUUACUCUGCUGUUUCUCUCAGUGUUUCGCAUCGUCUAAAAUGGUAUAAGUUUAAGCUACUUAAUGAUAAUGGAGUAAUAUUCCCCACACGAAUGUUAGAGUGAUAGAUGGAAAACAUAAAUUAUCUAUAUAAGUCUUGAACGUCAUACGACCGACUUUCCCAGUUGUAAUCUACAUGCAUAGGUCAAUGGGUUUAUAAUGUUCCAUUUUAUUUAUAUUUUCUCUCUGAUAGGCGUUUCUUGUUUGAUUUAAUUAUUUUUAAUUUGUUUAGCAGUCACAUAAACAACCAAGCUAUGUAAUAUGGAAUUUUUACACCCAUUAUUGCUGCUUCUUCCUGUAUUUGCGCGAUGAUUAUCUGAGAUAUUAACUCUAUGAUUCUACAUUCUCAAAUCUUUUCUAUAAAGAAGGAAUGUAGUUGACAAUUGUUAAUAGUUUUAUUUGAUCGUUCGUCAAAAAGUUGUAAUUCUGUUACUCUUGUAUCUUCAAUGCAAUUGAGUAAUUAAAUAGUAAUUAAAUUGAA